AUGACGGCAAGGAGUAACGACGAGAGAGAAGGAAGGGAAGCGGUACGCCGCCGUCGUGUUCGCUCCGCAAGCCGCCUUCGGAUAUGCUCUGCCCACUCACAAGCCGCCGUUGAGCACGUCGCCGCCAAGAUGUCAACACCAGAAUCGUCGGUGGUAGAUCUCCUUUCCUCUCCUCCCCUGACUGAGGGCAACCUGCUUCAGAUCGGCUCCAGUUGCAACGCCGCUCAAGGAUUGGGAUAUCUUGACUCGGAUUCUCUUCUCUAG